AUGUGGAACUCUCCAAAGGUGGGAGUCCUCGGUGGAGGUCAGUUGGGACGAAUGCUCGUUGAGUCGGCGAACCGACUCAACAUCCAGGUCAAUGUUCUGGACGCCCAUAACGCCCCUGCGAAACAAAUCAGUGCCCACGACGGUCAUGUGACUGGCUCAUUCAAGGAGCAUGAAGCUGUGCGGAAAUUGGCGAAGACCUGCGACGUUGUGACGGCCGAGAUCGAGCAUGUCGAUACCUACGCUCUUGAGGAGAUCUCCUCGGAGGUCAAGGUUGAGCCCAGCUGGCAAGCAAUCCGAACAAUCCAGAACAAAUUCAACCAGAAGGAACACUUGCGGAAAUAUGGCAUACCAAUGGCGGAGCACCGAGAGCUGCUUGAGAACACGCCGGCUGAACUCGCCAAGAUCGGCGAGCAGCUUGGGUAUCCCUUGAUGCUUAAGUCGAAGACGAUGGCCUACGACGGACGGGGAAACUUCCGUGUCAAUUCCAAGGACGAUAUCCCCGAAGCCCUUGAAGCGCUCAAGGACCGGCCAUUGUACGCUGAGAAAUGGGCCUACUUCAAGAUGGAAUUGGCCGUAAUGGUUGUGAAAACCAAGGACGCGGUCCUCUCAUACCCCACAGUCGAGACAGUACAAGAAGAUUCGAUAUGCAAGCUCGUCUACGCACCUGCCCGCAAUGUCUCCGACGCCAUCAACCAGAAAGCUCAGGAGCUAGCCCGCAAGGCUGUCGCAGCCUUUGACGGCAAGGGUGCCUUCGGUGUGGAGAUGUUCCUUCUCGAAGACGACAGCAUCAUGCUGUGCGAAAUUGCCAGCCGCAUCCACAACUCGGGCCACUACACGAUUGAAGGAUGUGCCCUGUCCCAGUUCGACGCCCACCUCCGCGCCAUUCUCGACCUCCCCAUUCCCCCUCAGAGCCUCGAAAUCUGCCAACCGUCCAUCAUGCUGAACAUCAUCGGCGGCGCAGCCCCAGAUACCCAUAUUAAAGCCGCCGAGGCCGCCCUCUCCAUCCCCAACGCCAGCAUCCACCUCUAUAGCAAGGGCGCCGCCAAACCCGGCCGCAAGAUGGGCCACGUCACCGUCACCGCGCCCACGAUGCACGAAGCCGAGAAAUACAUCCAGCCCCUCAUCGACGUUGUUGACGAGAUCCGCUCCAAGCGCAGCGACAUCAAGACACAGCCCGCCAAGUCCGGCCCGUCGAAGCCCGCCCCCACCGUUGCCGUGAUCAUGGGCUCCGACAGCGACCUCAAGACGCUCGUUCCGGGCCUGAAGCUCCUCCGUGACUACUUCGGCAUCGAGCCUGCCGUCGACAUCACCUCCGCCCAUCGCACCCCAACGUUCAUGGCCGAGUACUCAGCCAGCGCAGCCGCGCGCGGUAUCAAGGUCAUUAUCGCCGCUGCGGGCGGCGCCGCCCAUCUCCCGGGGAUGGCUGCCGCACACACCGUCCUGCCCGUCAUCGGCGUACCGGUCAAGGGCAGCUCGCUAGACGGCGUGGACAGCUUGUACAGCAUCGUUCAGAUGCCUAGAGGUGUCCCCGUCGCGACGGUAGGAAUCAACAACAGCAUCAACGCUGCCCUCCUGGCAGCUCGUAUCCUUGGCGCAUUCGACCCGGCUAUCCAGCGUAAGGUGGAGGCGUAUGCCGAGCAGGCUAGACACGAGAACAUGGAGCUGAAGGGGACCAAGAUGCAGGAACUCGGAUGGGAAAAGUACUUUGAACAGAUGUAA